GAGCUGAUGAACCAGGGCAUCUUGGCGUUGGUCACCUCGACAGGAUGUGCCUCAGCCAGCGCUCUGCAGUCUCUGACGGACGCCAUGCACAUCCCUCACCUGUACGUCCAGAGGAGCAGCGAGGGCUCUCCGCGCACCUCCUGCCCCUUCAACCCCAGCCCGGGGGGGCACAGGUACACGCUGUCCGCCCGGCCGCCCGUCCGCCUCAACGACGUGAUGCUCACGCUGGUGGAGGAGCUGCGCUGGCAGAAGUUCAUCAUCUUCUACGACAUCGAAUAUGAUAUACGCGGACUGCAGGGCUUCCUGGACCAGACGUCUCGGCGCGGCGUGGACGUGGCUCUGCAGCGCGUGGACAGGAACAUCAGCCAGGUGUUCAGCAGCCUGUUCAGCUCCAUGAGGACGGAGGAGCUGAACAGAUACCGAGACACUCUGAGGAGAGCCAUCCUGCUGCUGAGUCCCCACGGAGCACACACCUUCAUCCAGCAGGCGGUGGAGACCAACCUGGCCUCCAAAGACAGUCACUGGGUGUUCGUGAAUGAGGAAAUCAGCGACACGGAGAUCCUGGAGCUUACCCACAGUGCACUGGGGCGGAUGACGGUGAUCCGGCAGAUCUUCCCGCUAUGGCGCGACAGCAGCACCCGCUGUAUGAGGCGCAACCAUCGGAUAUCCUCCCUGCUGUGCGACCCGCAGGAGGGAUACAUGCAGAACCUGGAGGUGUCCAACCUCUACCUGUAUGACAGCGUUUUGAUGCUCGCCAACGCCUUCUACAGGAAGUUGGAGGACAGGAAGUGGCACAGCAUGGCGAGUCUGAACUGCAUCAGGAAGUCCACCAAGCCGUGGAACGGAGGCUGGUCCAUGCUUGAAACCAUCCAGAAGGGUAACAUCACAGGUCUGACAGGUAUGAUGGAUUUUAAGGACAGCGGCAUCAACUCUCACGUCCAGUUUGAGAUCCUCGGCUCCAGCUUCAGCGAAACCUUCGGCAAGGACAUCAAGAGGCUUGCUACCUGGGACUCAGUUCAUGGUCUGAAUGGCAGUCUGAAGGAAAGUCGGAUAGAGAACGGGAUGCAGGGAGUCACCGUGAAAGUGGUCACUCUGCUGGAGGAUCCCUUCGUGAUGGUGGCAGAAAACAUCCUGGGUCAGCCCAAGACAUAUAAAGGGUUCUCCAUCGAUGUCCUCGACGCACUCGCCAAAAUCCUCGGCUUCAAAUACGAGAUCUACCAGGUGUCUGACAGUAAAUAUGGAUCUCAGCUUCCCAACGGCUCGUGGAACGGUAUGAUUGGAGAUCUCAUUAACAAGAGGGCGGAUCUUGCGGUGUCGGCCAUCACCAUCACCCCUGAGCGUGAGAACGUGGUGGACUUCAGUAAACGUUACCUGGACUACAGCGUGGGGAUUCUGCUGAGGAAACCGGAGGAGAAGAUCAACAUCUUUUCUCUCUUCGCGCCCUUCGACCUCGCCGUGUGGGCCUGUAUCGCCGCCGCCAUCCCAGUGGUGGGCGUGCUCAUCUUCCUGCUGAACCGCCUGCAGGCGCUACGCUCCUCCGCUACCCAGAAUGCACCACAAGGACAACCGGCCAAUGGCGUGGUGGGUUCAGGCUCGCUGCAGAGCGCCGUGUGGAUCGUCUACGGAGCGUUCGUUCAUCAAGGAGGGGACUCUGUGAUUGGCUCAGUGGCUCUCAGGAUCGUGAUGGGCAGCUGGUGGCUCUUCACGCUCAUCGUGUGUUCGUCGUACACCGCCAACCUGGCAGCGUACCUCACCGUGUCCCGCAUGGACCACGCUAUACGGUCGUUCCAGGAUCUGGCCCGUCAGAUGGAGGUGGAUUACGGCACGGUUCGGGACUCGGCGGUCUACGAUUACUUCCGGAACAAAGGCACGAACCCUCUGGAGCAGGACAGCACGUACGCAGAGCUGUGGAGGACGCUCAGCCGCAACAACGGGCAGGACUUCUCCGUGUCCAGCCCAUCAGAGGGCAUCCGCAAGGCGAAGAAGGGUCCGUACGCCUUCCUGUGGGACCUGGCGGUGCUGGAGUACGCGGCGCUGACUGAUGACGACUGCACCAUCACCGUGUCGGGGAACAGGUUCAGCAGCAAGGGCUACGGCAUCGCCAUGCAGCACGGCAGCCCCUACAGAGACCUGUUCUCCCAGAAGAUCUUGGAGCUCCAGGAGAAGGGGGAUCUGGACAUAAUGAAGCAGAAGUGGUGGCCUCGUACGGGCCGCUGCGACCUGAACUCCCACGCCAGCGCUCACCCUGACGGCCGCUCUCUGAAGCUGCACAGCUUCGCGGGCGUGUUCUGCAUCCUGGCGGCCGGGCUGCUGCUGGCCUGCCUGGUGGCCGGGCUGGAGGCCUGGUGGAAGAGCCACCGCUGCAGAGAGGAGGCCCCCAAAGAGGACAAGGAGGUGAAUCUGGAACAGGUGCAUCGUCGUAUGAACAGUCUUUUGGACGAGGACUUGGUCCACAAGCAGAUCCCAGGUCCGUCUAUCGAGAUCUCUGCGCUGGACAUCGGCAAAAUGCAGCCCAGCCAGGCCUCUCUGAUGCCCUCGGACCUCGCUUUGACCACCUUUCUGCCAGGGGAGGGGGGUCCGCCGCCUCCUCUACCCCACCCUCACCAUGGGGGGUCCAUAGGGAGGACGCACCACCUGUCCCAGGCUCCUGGCAGCAGCACGUUGCCCCUCCACCUGCACCACCACCACCACCAGGCUCUCAACACCAUGCAGUGCAAACACAGGCAACCCAACGGGGGGAUUUUCCGCCAGAGUCCUGGCAAGACCCCCACCCAAAUGCCAAUAUCCUACCAGGGAGUCUCCGCAGGACCCAUACCCGAAGUCAUUGAUGCCACACACAGUACGUCCAUAUAAAAAAGGGUUGUUUUCCCUUCAUAGGUGAGUCGCACCUCUGGACUAUGGUUUAAAAGAUCUCCUAUCAUGUUUAGUGAUCUCCUAUCAUGUUUAGUGAUCUCCUAUCAUGUUUAGUGAUCUCCUAUCAUGUUUAAAAUAUCUCCUAUCAUGUUUUGUGAUCUCCUAUCAUGUUUAAUGAUCUCCUAUCAGAAACAAAAAGAGAUUAUUCUAAAGGUUAAGGAUGUCCUAUCAUGUUUAAAGAUCUCCUAUCAUGUAAAGGUCCAUGUAAAGUGCUAUCAAAAUGUAAUCUUUUAUCA